CAUGUGCUAGUUGCUGCCAGUGUUUGUUAUGGUCGUCACAGAGCCAGUGUUCUGAGUCUACCUGUGACAGGGUGAAUUAACCUAUAUCUUCAUUAUUCAGUUUGAGUGAGUGAGAUUACAUAUUGGGGUGUCGGUUUUUGUGUAAUACUGUGAAGAAACACCUGACAGAUCAAGAAACGUUGUCAAAAGCAUAUUCAAAUCCAGCAUUAGAUAAAGCACUCUUAUCAAUUUGCAGCAUUUCCUACAAUGGCCAAAUACAUCCACAGACAUUUAAGGGUCUUAUAGACAGAAUAGCCGAAUCCCUGACAGACUGGAAAAAUAACUGUGUAGUUUGUCACAGUGUUGCCCCACAGUUAAACCCAAUGGACAAAAUCAGCUGCUUUUCAGCUGAUUGCUAGUGAAAUUUGAGACUUGUUUAUCAAGAGCAACAUUGAAUGCCAUAAAUGCGUAAUUCAUGACUAUGUGUCUUAAAUAUUAGAGACUGAGCUCCUGCCCAUGGUAAUGAGAAAGCUGUGCACUUUAUUUUGAAAUACAAAAGAUGGCUGUUGCUGAAUUUGUGAAUGUCUGAAACAAAGUGAUUAACAAAAUCAAAAUGUAGCCAAAACCUGACGGAAGUAACUUGGGUCCUUAUUCAUUGAUCUUUACCAAAGGUGGGACAGAGCUGAUGUGGAGGGUGUUAUGGAAACAGCAUUGAUUUUUCUCCAGCUGCACAAGCGUUGAAAUCCAGGGUCUAAAAUCACAUGACAAUUUCUCGAAGUUUGAUUUUGAUACAGAUAGGAUAUCAUGGAAUUUUGAGAAAAUAAAAUUUUUUCAUAUUGUCAUUGUGGGGAAAUUGUGUUUUCUGCCACAUCACAGGGAUGCACGAUUUCAAGCAGAUCUGUGAAAGGAAGUUUUAAUAUACACACAGCCACUUCAUGACUCAUGCCAUUUGACAAAGAUGCAAUUUAGCAGUGAGCUUUGCACAGGGGGGAGAGAGUGAAAUACAGAUGUGUGAGUCUGCCUGUGAAAGAUAAAGAUAGAAGCCCACUGAAAAACAUUUGCUGGAUUAAGCUUCUGCUUUGGCUGUGAAAUAGGGGGAGGGAGGACAAGAAGCAGGAGACAGCCAUUGUGAGUUGGAGAGAGAAGAGAGAGAGCGAGGGUCUUUUGAGAGAGAUGGAGGUUUAUUUUGUAAUAUGCUUCUUGAAAUGGUAGCAUCACAGAGAGAGGGAGAUGAAAGAGGGCAAGAUGCAGAAAAAACAGGAUUCUCAGAGCCGAGCCCCGGGCAGCCUGGGGAAGGCUCACCCAGCUCUCAAAGCCUUUAUGUGUGGCUCACUCAGCGGCACCUGCUCGACACUGCUCUUCCAGCCUUUGGAUCUGGUCAAGACAAGGCUGCAGACCCUGCAGAACAAUGCCAAGCCAGGUGCACCAAGAGUGGGGAUGUGUACUGUUUUCAUCAAUGUUAUUAGGACAGAGAAUUUCUUCAGUCUGUGGAAAGGAGUUUCACCAUCAUUUGUGCGCUGCAUCCCCGGAGUGGGCAUCUACUUCAGCACCUUCUACUCCCUGAAGCAGCACUACUUCCUGGACCGGGCGCCCAAUGCUGGCGAGGCUGUUUUGCUUGGAGCGGGUGCCAGAGCUGUGGCUGGUGUCUGCAUGCUGCCAUUCACAGUCAUCAAGACACGCUUUGAGAGUGGCUGUUACAACUAUGUGAGUGUGGCAGGGGCUCUGAGGAGUGUGUAUGAGACCGAGGGGAUCAGGGCUCUGUUUUCUGGGCUGACUGCCACGCUGCUCCGAGACGCUCCGUUCUCUGGUAUCUACGUAAUGUUCUACAGCCAGGCCAAGAAGGCUCUGCCUCAAGAGGUGGCUUCGUCAGCCUGCGCCCCGCUGGUGAACUUCAGCUGCGGGGUGGUGGCAGGCGUCAUGGCGUCGCUGGUCACGCAGCCGGCUGAUGUGGUGAAGACCCACAUUCAAAUCAGCCCAUCCCACUGGAGCACAGUGGCCGCUAUUCGCUGCAUCUACACGGAACAUGGCAUGGGCGGGUUUUUUCGUGGGGCUGUACCCAGGUCCCUGCGACGCACUCUGAUGGCUGCCAUGGCUUGGACUGUCUAUGAACAGCUGAUGGCUCAAAUGGGCCUCAAAUCCUGAAGAGCAGCAGUGUCGAGCCACAAUAAAACAGAAUGACAUACGAGGGGAAAAUUACGUACAGUAUUUUCUCACUGAAAGCCCCAGGAAAGAAGAAACAGGAGCCGAGGAGCUUGAUGAACAAGCACUGCCAAGAUUCUGAAAAGAGGAACCAGGUGGAUAAAUGUCUGAGGAAAAGAGAAUGAGAGUGUGUGUGGGUGGUUGGAGGUGUGUGUGUGUGUGUGGGUGGGUGGGUGCUUGUAUUACGUUGUUGAUAUUUAAAUAUUUGUGAUGUCUGUAGGUGUGAAAGUUUCAGAUUGUGAUGCUACACCUGACACACUGUUAUGUAAAUCUUAGAUUGAAGUGACACUCCCUACUGUUAAGUGAACUUAUUCCUCCUCUCACUACUUGUGUUUGGGCACCCUGAGGUAUGGCAGCCACUAAUAAAAAGAUGCCCUUGACAGAGGGCCUGUGCUGGGCAGCAGAGUUGCCUUUAACAAGGUGUUUUAAAAUGCUGUCGAGGCAAACGGAACGCUCAGCAAGCUGGUGCACCGUACAUCUGCUGAGGCAACCAAAAACAAAGCACUGCAGAGAGAGGAGCUCUGGCUUCUGCCAUAUUUAUGAAACUUGCAUAAGAUUGAUUAACAAACAGACUUAGAUAUUUAGUUUGUUUCAGGCUCAGACAAUCACAAGUACUUACACAGCUGCAUUAUGGGAAGAAAUCACAAUAAAGCCUUUGUUGCUAUACUGCUCAAACCUAUGCUAAUUUAAAGUUUAUAUAUACAGUGGUGCAUUUCUAACUGAACACAGUGAAACCAGGUGUGCUUUUCAUAGUGACAUCUGGGCUGAAGAAACAGCUGAAAAUAUUCAGACCUGUGAUGGCAUCUCAGUCAGAUCAAGAUUUUGUGGAUUUCUAUGAGUUUUGUUAUUGAAAUGUUUUGUUCUUCCCUUUCUUCUUCUUUUUUUUUUUUGAGGUCAGAAGCAGCAAUGCAGUUUGCAUUGUUUCCUGUGUUUUAAGUAAGAAGCUUUUAGAAUUUGACUAUAAUUUGACUUUUCUACACAGUGAGUAAAUAUUUUCACAACAGGGUGAUAUUGUGAUUUUAAUAUUUAAAUAUUUGGGCAUUUGCUGGAGUGAGUUAACUCCUGUGAUAUAAAUGAGUAGCCUGUGAGCAUAUUUCCAGAACAUUAAGCUUGCAAGCGAAGCAUUGCUCAUCAUUGUUCUAUUGUGUUUUGAUGAGGUACACAGACUCCAUAUCAGUGCUAGAUAGAUGUGGAUCUUGUUUUUGCCCAGCCUCUUCCUGGCUUUGUAAAUAUUUGACUAAAUACAGAAUUAUUGGUUGUAACAAAUUGAGGCCAUAUUUUUUAUGUUGCUUGUACAGUGUUCCCUUUGUUAGUAUUUAUUAUUGUUGAUAAAUAAGAGGUGAUAUAUUAAUAAUAACUAUUGUAUAUUGCUGUUUAAAGAAAUAAUGCCAAAUGGAAGUUUCAUUUGUGGAGGAUUUUAAAAGACUUGAUCAUAUAAAAAAGAUGGAUCAUUGUGCAUCCAAAGUGCCAAUGGGCUAAAAAAAAAUUUGGAAGUCUUUGAACAUGACAGAAAGGCAGCUACUGUCCAAGUAUGAUCUGUGACGUAACGGCAAGGUUGUGUAGCAAAAAGAAAAUUUUGAUAACAUGAGUUUCCUAAAUGCCUCAUUGUUUGCUGUGCAAUGCAAACUGUGUAACUAACUGUGCCCCACAUGUGCCAUAAUUCACACCUGGAAGUUUGACCUCAUCCGUUAUCUUCAUCCUCACACUCCUGCUGUAGUCUUUGUUGAUCCAGUGUUGACUAUAUCGUAUAUGGUCAUUGUUAUUGUAGAUAUUUGGUCUGUGCAUGUGUUUGCUCAGACAGAUGCUGUGCCUGUGCCCGCCUGGUUUUUCGCAUCAAUAAA